UGAGAGGUGGAGCUCGGGCGGCGGCGGCGGCGGCGGUUGCCAGGUGCCCGCGUUGCCGCCUGAGACCCGUAAUAUGGCGGGGAGAAGGAGGAGAAGGCGGCGGUGGACCGAGCUGCUCUGUGUCAGUACCGACUGAGCAGUUUGAUUCCUGACAAGGCCCGUGGCGAGGGGAGAAAAGCUUACCGGGCCGUGGGAGAUCAGGAACCAAGCACUGUCGCUGCCCUCCAGGAGUCCAUAAUCUAGUGCUAAAAAUCGUCGUCACCAUCCUCCUCUUCAUAGUCAAAGCAGCCUCAUUUAUUGAUGCUUUCUGCAUGUCCUGCAAUAUACUAUUUGCCACACGUAUGUUAGUUCAUCGAAUCCUCACAGAAUCUCUUUGAGACAGAUACUCUGAUUAUCCCUAUUUUACAGAUGAGGAAACUGAGGCAUAGAGCUGUACUUUUAUCAAGUGUCGACUGUGUGCUGGCAGUGUUCUAUGUAAUGGGGAUUCAGUGGUGAGCAAGACAGAAGGUCCCUGUGCUUAUGGAGCUUACGUUUUGGUGGAGGAAAACAGAUGAAAACCAAGGAAAUAAGAUAAUUUCAGAUAGUGUGGGAUUGUGGGAAGAUGGAGGACUAUGAGAAGUUCUGUGAGAGGAGUCUUGCCCGAGUCCAAGAAGCGGCCCUCUUGCCAGAGAGCUUCCUGCCUGUGCAGUCGGAGAGCGUCUCGCUGAUCCGCUUCCGUGGGCUGGCCGUGCUUUCUCCACUGCUUAACAUUGAGAAAAGAAAGGAAAUGCAACAAGAAAAGCAGAAAGCACUUGAUGUAGAAGCAAGAAAGCAGGUUAAUAGGAAGAAAGCUUUACUGACUCGUGUCCAGGAGAUUCUGGAAAAUGUUCAGGUUAGAAAAGCACCUAAUGCCAGUGAUUUUGAUCAAUGGGAGACUGAAACAGUUUACUCUAAUUCAGAAGUCAGAAACUUGAAUGUUUCUGCUACAUUUCCAAAUAUCUUGCCAAGCCCUACUGAACACUCUACUUUAGCAAAAUUUGAAAAGAUGACUGGAAUUUUGCCAUUGAAUAAUGAGGACCAAUUUAAAUCUAAUGGGAUAGACUUAGCUAGGGACUCAGAAGAAUUUACUUCUCUGAAGCCAUGUGAUAGUUCAGGUAUUAGCCACACAGAAAACGAAGCUUCUCUGAAGACCUCAGCAGCCCCCCAAGAGACUCCGACUUCUGAUGGUCUCUUUCCAGCAAAUGGAGCACAGGAUCCAUUGCUUUUGGAAGAAGUUACUCCAGAUCCCUACAUGAUAAGUCUUCAGAACCUGAUGAAAAAGUCAAAGGAAUAUAUAGAAAGAGAACAAUCUAUACGCAGUCUGAGAAGUAGUGCAAAGAGGAGUGUUAACGAGAGUCAGUCAGACAAAGAAAACGGUGCUGUUAAAGUGAGUGAUUGCAUAAAGGAGAAGGCCCAGUUGAUAGGCAGGCACUGUGGCUCAGUGGUUCCUGACAAACCAAGCCUUAAUGAGUCAAACGUUCUUCUCCAAGGUGCUUCCGCUCCGGCAGGCAGCAGGAAUGCGUCAGCUUCAGGGAGCUUUUCUAAAGUGGAUCUGCCUAUACGAACUGAUCCGGAUCCUGAUUUUAAACUCGUUCCCACUUUUGUUACUGAAAAUAAUGUUCUCAAAAGUCUUACUGGUUCAUAUGUCAAAUUACCUAGUCCAGAGCCAAGCCUGAGUCCCAAAAUGCACCGGAGGCGUUCUAGGCCUUCAUCAGCAUGUCAUAUUCUCAUAAAUAACCCGAUAAAUGCCUGUGAAUUAAGUCCUAAAGGAAGAGAACAGGCAGUGGACUUAGUUGUCGACCAUACCGAUGAAAAAACAAACGUACCCGAAACUGUGCCAAAACUACCGGUUGAUUUAGCAGGAGUUUGUCCAAGCAAGGUUUAUGCCAGCAAAAAUACGUCUGAAGCCAUACAGGAAAUGGUUUUAGGGAAAUCAAACCAGGUAUGUCAGCCUUCGGGAAAUCAAUUAGAAAAUAAAGUUAUCCAUGGACUUGCUAUCCUGGAAGGUCAGUUAACAUCUGAUGGGGGAGGACCACACAAAAUGGACGGUAGCUGUACUGCGAUGCCAAGGUUGCACGAGCCGUAUGCCACCAGUCAGUGUCCAGCGAGUCAAAACUUUGGAAGCACGAGUGGGCUCAAAUCAGCCAGUGCGUUAGGGAAAAACUGCAAUUUACAGAUGGAACUGAACAAGUCUUAUGAUGUAAAAAACCCAUCGCCUUUACUGAUGCAAAACCAGAAUACCAGACAGCAGCUGGACACCCCGACAGUGUCUUGUGGAAAUGAACAACUUUUGGAUAAUAGUUUUGAGAAAGUUAAACGGAGGCUUGAUUUAGAUGUUGAUAGUUUGCAAAAAGAAAACUGCCCUUAUGUCAUAACAGCUGGAAUAGCUGAACAGGAAAAGCAACAUUUGCCAGAAAAGAGAUACCCUAAGGGAUCUGUCUACAUCAACAAAAAUAAAAUGAUAGAAAGUAGUUUCAAAGAAGGUGAGGAGAUAUUAAAAAGCAAGAUCUUCGCUUUUGAAGAAAUGCGGAAGAGACUGGAAGAACAGCAUGCCCAGCAGUUGUCACUCCUCAUAGCCGAGCAGGAAAGGGAACAGGAGAGAUUGCAAAAGGAAAUAGAAGAACAAGAGAAGAUGUUAAAAGAGAAGAAGGUGAUUGCAGCAGAAACAUCUGAAUUGGAUAUUAACAAUGCGGUGGAGUUAGAAUGGAGAAAAAUAAAUGACUCUGGUUUGCUAGAUACAAUGCUGUCUCAAGUGGACUCACUCCAUACUUCAAAUUCAAAUAGUUCUGGUUUCACAAAUUCUGCCCUACAACACAGCUUUGGUUCUGUAAGUGAAGCGCCGUUCUACCUCUGGGCAUCAUCAACAAGUGGCUUGACCAAACUCUCAGUAACAAGGCCUUUUGGAAGGGCCAAACCUAAAUGGUCUCAGGGUUUCAGUCCAGAAGUACAAGCAAAAUUUAACAAAAUCACCGCAGUGGCUAAAGGAUUUCUUACUCGUCGGCUCAUGCAGACAGAUAAGCUAAAGCAACUCCGACAAACUGUGAAAGAUACUAUGGAAUUCAUAAGAAGUUUUCAGUCAGAAGCACCGUUGAAGAGAGGAGUCGUUUCAGCGCAAGAUGCUUCUCUUCAGGAGAGAGUGUUCGCCCAGUUGCGAGCUGCCCUGUACGGUAUUCAUGACAUAUUCUUUGUAAUGGAUGCAGCUGAAAGGAUGUCCAUUCUACAUCACGAUCGAGAAGUUCGCAAAGAGAAAAUGCUCAGGCAAUUGGAUAAAAUGAAAAGUCCACGAGUGGCUCUUUCAGCUGCAACACAGAAGUCUCUUGAUAGGAAGAAGUUCAUGAAAGCUGCUGAAAUGGGGAUGCCAAAUAAGAAAUUUCUGGUUAAACAAAAUCCUUCUGAAACAAGAGCACUCCCUGCUGAGCUGGAGGAUCCAAGGGUCAGGAUCCGUGUUAACACCUGGUCGUGUCCCUUGUCACACGUCAGGCCAGAUGUUCCUGGAGCUUUCUGGAGGAUGUGCUGUCUCUGGCGGAAAUUUGAGCCCCAAUCCUUCAGCCAAACCAAGGACAGAAUGCGCCUGGUCACAGGCUGCUUAGUAGACAAGGGAGUAUAUGCAGGAAAAAUCCAAAGAAAGCGGCCAAAUGUUGCGACAAUUUAAGAAGACAACAUUCAUUAGGAUAAAAAAGGGGAAGGGUUAUCAUCUGUAUUCUUUUCCCUGCCCAAGACUUUUUAUUCAACCCUGGACUCUGGUGACACAGGCGAGGUGACGUCAAACGGCUGAGCAAGUAUCUGGAUAAUUUGGGUCAGUCUGGCUAAUUCCUUCCCCACACCUGCAUUUUCCUCUUCAUAUUAGGUUUGGGUGAAGACAAAUUAGUAUUUAGUAACUGACCCAAUUCUGUGCUUAACCUGUACAAACAUCUUUGUUUUAUGUACCCAGAUCUCUGCCGAGAAACUUUUUGUAAAGGAUAUUUGGGUUUAUUUCUAUAAAAUAUUGAAAAUGUGUGAUAAAUUAUAAAUAAGUUCUGAAAUAUAAAUUUCAUUCAUCUCUGCAUACUGAUUGCUGAAUUUGAUAAACAAAUUAGAUACUGUUCUAUUGGAGGGGAAAUUAUUGCACAAGAAUGUUUUUUCCUGGUUUCUAACUUUAAAAAACUGAUUAAUCUCUCCGUCUUCAUAUGUUUGGACUUAGAGUAUACCUUAUAGGAUAAACCCUUGCCUGCUGAUUGUGGUCCACCUGAAAUUUACCAUAGACUUAGCUGGGGGUCACCAUUUUGUUCCCAAGUACACAUUCCUCUCAACAACAUGUCUUACAGAAAUGUUAGGUUUAAUGUGUGUUACUCUUAGAAACAUUUCUACUAAAUUAUAAAAUCUUUCUGUGGAAGGUAACAGAUUUGGAGAAGACAGCACAAUCUUCUUGAAUGUAGUAGCACUUAGAAAUGCAUCAUUACAUCCAUUUCUGUAAAAUAGAAUAACGUUGCAUGUAGUUAUAUUUUCUAUUUAGUAUGUGUAUUUUGUUUCUUCAUAGUCUGCUCUUUCUAGCAUGCUUGAUUUAGGAGAGAAUAAAGGGCUAUAUAAUAUAAAUUCAUAUUUUCAAAUGGGAUAGAAAUACUGUCUAGUUGAAAUUCUGCAUUACUUAAGAGGCACUGAUGUUUAAGGUUUUUCAUCACUAACUUAUUGAUUUAAAACAUAAACCAAAAAAUGCUACCAAGGGAACGUGAUUUUAUGAAAGAGACUGUUACUGUUAAUUUAUCUUAGCAUUUCCAAAAAGGGCUUUGUGCUUCUCACAUAAAAUCGAAAUGUGUGCAUUUAAUCUUUCUAACUUGAAUUUUAAAAAGAUACUGGUAUUUUGAAAAUGCAGACUAUAUAUAUUCUUAAUGGCCUUUUAAGAAUGUGGAGAUAAAGAUUGUUUUCUCUGAGUUUCUAUUCUAUUUGAAAUUUAACUUUUACAUUCAGCUGUAGACAGAAGAUAAUCUACUCUGGGUGUAAACUUGAUUUUCUUCAUUCAGAUGUAUCAUUUAUUGAAUGAAUGAACGAGAAAAUUGGAAGACAGUCAAAAAUAUCUGAGUUACCAAUUUUUUAUUUGUAGGCAAAGUAUAUCAAAUUACCUUCUUAAUAUGAUAAAUUGUGCUUUAUCAUUUGGAGAACUCAGGACACAGCUUACCCAUAUCAAUGUGGGUCUUUCCAGUAAGAAAGAUAGAUGCUAAAACUUUUGUGUACACUAAUACAAAUUAGUUAAAACAAAUAGUAUGUUUUGGAGGUGAAAACUAGUUUUAGAUUAAGGAUGAGAAAUUUGAGGUUUUUUUAAUUUAAAGAUAAAAACGUGUAUUUUACACAUUUUUUUAUGUUCUCAGCUUUUUCUAAUAAAAGUGCCAGACAUUGUUUUGUGCUUUUAAUGGAUUUUUAUUUAUAUAUAUUAUUUUUGUUAUUUUUACUUUGAGUGGAAUGUCCAUUAAUGUAAAUUGUAUUUAUUUUUGUACUUUAAUUUCCAUUAGUUUUGCUUCUAGGCAAAAGGCAA